UUCUUUUGUUGCAAAAUUGUUUUAAAUAUUCUUUGAUUUUGUUUGUGCUGAAAAUAAUAUGGUAAUUGAAACCCCUCCUAUAUUUGAUUCGAUUUCAGAGGCAUACUGAAAAUAAUAUGGUAAUUGAAUCCCCUCCUAUAUUUGAUUCGAUUUCUUAGUUUUUUUUUUUUUUUUUUUUUUUUUUUAAAUUAUCUUAUUUGUUGCUGGGAUGUCAUUAUUUCCAGUCUUUGUCGAUUAACAUUGGGAUUUGUUUGUUGUCUUACAAGUUUUCAUGCUUUUGGGGCUGAAAUUGUUACCUUUUUUGUGUUUUGGUGUCAUGAUCUUUUGAUUUGAUUAAGGUAAUUGAACUUAGUGGAUUAUAUCUCCAAAUAAAUGUAAAUGAUAAGCCUUAUUAUCAUAGAUUUUCUACUUUAAGCUUUUUAUCAAUUUUAUGUCCCGUAUAAAGAAUGGAGCUGUAAAAUGAACUAUUGUAACUGUGCAUCAGCAUGCUGUGGUUUAAAGAUGACUUUGUUAGUCAGAAUAUUGUUAAUUGUAAAAUUAACUAUCGUAUCUGUCCAUUAGCUUACUGUGGUUUGCAACCUUUUCGGCUUUUAUGAAAAGAUUGGAUGUAUUAGAGCUGCAAUCUGAUAAUUUGUAAUAGAGCUGCAAUAUGUAGUUUGAAAUCUUUUCAGCUCUAUUUCUUCAUUUUGUAAUAGAGCUGCAAUUUGAUGAUUUUUUGUAAAACAAUUUUUCAGUUUUCAAUCUUUAUCAAAGAGAUCGUAGAUUGUAAUAGAGCUGCAAUUUGUAGCAAAGAGAUUGUAGAUUGUAAUAGAGUUGCAAUCUGUAGAUUGUAAUCGUUUAGACUAAUCACCGACUAUUUUGAUGGAGUCAGUGUUUGCAAUCUUGAGCUGUAGCCCUUUUUUUCUUUUAGUAGUAGUGAUUUAUGUACUUUAUAUGAAAAGUUCACGGACAUGGGUUUAGUAAUUAGUUGGACCUUAUUAGCCUCAUUCUAACUAUUAGUAAUUCAUUCUCUACAUGAUAACAUACUUAGUUCCACACCACAUCCUCUUCUGUUCAGCUAUGUGGCGUGGAACUUUGAGUUAGGUUGUCUGUAUGUUUGAAUGACUGGAGUUGUAUCAUACAGAUAAUGUAACUGCAAAGGCUUAUGUCCUUGGUGAGUGAUGCAAAGACUGUAAAAUCCCUUACACCAGCAAUAAUGUAUAGCCACACCCUUUAAAAGUAAUUAUUGGCAUAUGAUUUUGUGAAUUCCAAUCAUGGGUGAGAAUGUACAAGUAUCAUAUGAUUUUGUAAUUUGGGACCCAACUUUAGCUUCCCCUUAUUCAACUCUAUCAAAGUGGGUGUAGACUCAUAGAAGAAAAUGAGGAGGAGACCUGGUAUUGGUGGUUUGCAGAAUGCUGCUGCUGCUAGGGACCAAUAUCGGGCGCUGGGCCAGAAUGUGGCCCAGAUUAGAACUGAUCUCAUGAAGGAACAGCUUGCCACUUUUAAAAGCCAAUUAGAAGAUUUUGCUCGCAAACACAAGAAUGACAUUCGCAAGAAUCCUGCUUUUAGAUCACAAUUUCAUGAUAUGUGCACUAAGGUUGGAGUAGACCCCUUGGCCUCCAAUAAGGGUUUCUGGGCAGAGCUUUUGGGGAUCGGUGACUUCUACUAUGAACUUGGAGUGCAAAUUGUUGAUAUCUGCUUAGCAACAAGACCCCACAAUGGAGGCUUGAUCAACCUGCAGGAACUCUGCAAUUUGCUUCGUCGGAGACGAAAAAAUGAUCGUGAAGCUGUUUCUGAGGAUGAUUGCCUGCGUGCUAUAAGUAAGCUGAAGGUAUUGGGUAAUGGUUUUGAGGUUAUUUCUGUUGGAAAGAGGAAGCUUGUUCGUUCUGUUCCAACUGAGUUGAACAAAGACCAUAAUGAAAUUUUAGAGCUCGCGCAGUCUCAAGGCUUUGUGACUGUUGAUGAGGUAGAAAGACGGCUAUCUUGGACCAGUGGCCGUGCAAUUGAUGCCUUGGACACUUUACUAGAUGAGGGCCUUGCAAUGAUUGAUGAUGGCCACAAAGAUGGUAUACGCCGAUAUUGGUUUCCCUGUGUAUCUUCCAUCUCUACCCUAGUUGGAGCUGACACUUAACAAAUGAGAUAUCUCAACAUUUUGGAGUUAAAUAGGAUUAUAUGUAAAAAUGACUCAUUUGUGAUUCCCUUUGUAAUGCUAGUUGGUCCAACAAACUAACGAUGAUCAAUGCUUUUCAUCGUAUAAAUGAGAAAUUUGCUACAUUUCUCACAACUCGGUCUCCUUGACUCCCACCUCAAUUUGAGAUGUGGUUUAUUAAUGAAGUGUUGGAAGAACACAAAAAAAGUUCUGUUUUUGCUGGA